AUGGAAAAGUUGAUAAACUGUUUCAAGAAAAAGCCAGAUGCUGUUGCUAGGUUAAUCUGCUUCCCUUGGGCAGGUGGGGGCUCCAUCCAUUACUCAAGAUGGGGAAACGUCCUUAGCAGCCCCAUUGAAGUUUUUUCUGUGAAACUUCCUGGACGAGAAAGCCGGAACAAAGAACCUUUCUUUGAGAACAUGCAGCAAAUUGUGGAUGAAGUUCUUCACGCGUUAUUGCCACUUCUCAAAGAGAAGCCGUUUGCUCUCUUUGGCCACAGUUUUGGUGCCUACACAAGCUACGCUGUUGCAGAAGCCUUGAAAAAACUCCACGACAUUGAACCAGUUCACAUCUUCCUCUCUGGUGCAUCUGCACCCUACUCAGAAACUCGCAUCAAAGCCCCGAAGAGAAGCGAUUUAACAGAUGAUGAUUUUCUCAAGUGGCUGAUUUCGAUUGGAGGAACUCCGCCAGAAAUACUUGCUAACUCGGAAGUACUGAAACUCUUCCUUCCUGCGCUAAAGGCUGAUUUACAUGUUGCUGAGAAUUACAAGUGUAACAAGCCAGUAAUUCCAUUCCUGACUUGUCCAGUUUCAUGUUUUGAUGGGAAGGAUGACAGUCCACAUGAUUUGCAAGCAUGGAAAGAAAUCACAACAGGAGAUUUCAACAUCAGAAUGCUGAAUGGGUCACAUUUCUACCUUAAGGAUCCCGAAAAUGAAAGUAUAAUCUUAGACUAUAUUACAAAACACAUCGAAACAUCAGAAAUGGACUAUUUGUGA